AUGUCGCUGACCUUUUCAAAUCAACCCCCCGCUGAGCGGGUGCCCUACGCUAUCCCUCAACUCGAGGGCGAGCGCAUCACCAUUCCCGGUAGCAAGGGCGUGUUCCGCAUUCUGACUUCCUCCAAGCAGACCAAUGGUCUCAUGGCGGUCUUCCAGAGUGGUGCAACAAUUUCCGAUGCGCCUGGUUUCCACUACCAUGAGAAGGCCCACGAUGUCUUCUUGGUCACAAAGGGCUAUCUAAAGUUGUGGAACGGUCCUCAGUGCCGCAUCCUUGGCCCCGGCGACUUUGCCUAUAUCCCUCCAACUGUCAUUCACAAUCCCGAAAUGAUCGGCCCACACACUGAACUUCAGGGUCUGAUCACCCCUGGUGACUGGGUGGACUUCUUCCGUUACGUCUCCGAGCCCUACGAGGGUAUCCUGGUGCCCGAGACAGACAACCGCGAUCUCAAGUCCCUCUUGAUUCCCAAAGUCAUGGCCGCCAAGGGCAAAUUCGAUGUCGUCUUCCAGCCCCACUACGUCCCGCCCGAGGUCAGCGACUGGACCAAGGAGGAUGAGAAGCUGCCUGAGGGUAACCAGGGCUACUUCCUGCGCGCCAACACUGGUCCUCGCUGGAUGCUGGGUGGUGUCAUGUCUCGGCCAUUUGUUACGACGAAACAGAGCACUGGUGUUUGUGCGAUCUCUAGUAUCGAGUCUUCCAAGGAUUAUGGGGAGACCGUCUUUUCCAAGUAUAUGACUUUUGCCUCUGUGGACCACUGUCUCUGUGUGAUGGAGGGUGCUCUCAAGGUCAGCCUGCAAGGCGCGGGCGAGACUAUUUUUCGUGAGGGCGAGACCGUGGUGAUUCCUGCCGGUCAGGCUUUCUCGCUGGGCUUUGAGAGCAAAUAUGUCAAGGUCCACUCCUUUGCCGAUGGCGAUGGUAUCGAGUCUCUGAUCCACGAGGCUGGCAAGCAGAUUGAGGAAGUUGUGCUGCCCGACCAGGCCCCCGAGUGGGAUUCAUCAAAGCUGCCCUUGGUGGCGGAUGCUCUUAAGAUUACUUUUUAA